CGGGUGAUGAGCGAAAGUGAGGUUUGCGGUCUAGACGCUUGUAGUAAAAAUACGCGAGAAAACUAGCGUCUGAGGGCCUGGACGCUUGUGUAUAUAUGGGGCGCAAGGAACAGAAAUGAAGUCAGAAUAAAGGGAAAAAUCAACUUUCUGUUCGGUCUCUUUUAAAAUACUCGGCAACAGAAAAUAUUAAUUUGACUUCUACAUGGCUGGUAAAGGUGUUGAUUUAGAGCUUAAAAAGGCUUUUCAAGAGCUGCAAGCCAAAGUGCUUGAUACAACUCAGAAAUUAAAACUUGCUGAUCUGCAGAUUGAUUCAUUAACAAAAGCUAUUCAGCAUUCUGAACUUACACAAAAAGAAUUAAAAUCCUUGCCUGAAAACACACCCAUGUAUAGUGGUGUGGGAAGGAUGUUCGUACUUACAAGUCAUGAUGAUAUCAAUGGAAUGCUUUCUAAGAAAAUUCAGACAUCACAAGACAAAAUAAAAGAACUAGAGACUAGUAAAGCUUACUUGCAACGCAGUAUGAAAGAGAGUGAAGAAAAUCUUCGUGAACUGGUUGCAACUAAACAAAGGGAACGCUCAUAAACUGUGUGAAUAAACACAUGAAUCACUAGUUCAUGUUAAAACUUUCUACUUCAAAUUGUUUAUUAUGUGCAUUUUUGGUUUAUAAAUAAUCAUCAUUAAGUGUGUUUUUAUCAUAAAUUCAGGCCUUCAUAGUUCCAGCAAGCUAAGAUAAAAUUCAUAUUUCAUUAAAAUUAUCCAAUUUAUUAUGUUUUGCAAGUUGCUGUUGUUUUUUUUUUUUUUUUUUUUUUUUUUUUAGUUAUUGAAUAAUUUUAAUUUUAAUAUGUGAAUUCCUUAAACCCCAUCUCUAACUAAAACCUGGAUUGCUUUUGAAACGUGGAUUCACAUUGUUAUAGAAAACUGUCACUGUACAAAAUUUAUAUCCCUUGUGUAUUAUAAAUAAAUUCUUUUUGAACAAAAUUGUGUUUUAUUCCUUUCAGAAAAAAACUGAUAUGAAGGGAAGUAAUAUAAUAUUAUCAUGUAUGCUCAAGAUAGGUGAAAAUACUGUACUAUUUUCCAAUUGAAGCUUUGUUUCCUUAUAAUAAUGGCUCCCACCUCUGUAAAUGAUGGCAAGAUUGUUAAUAUAGACUGCUAAAGAUUGUACAAUAAUUAAUAUCGUAAUUUUUAUUAUUAUGAUUAUUACUUUUCUUGUGGUUGAAUGGCAAAGAUUAUUAUUGUUAUUAAGAAAAAUAUUCUCUUUUUUUUUAUGUAAUGUUUAGAAUGCAGUGUUCUCAGCUUUUUUUAUGUUGUUUAUGUUAGCAAUGCUAAUAUAAGACUGCCUUUUAACUGAAUAAAUAGUUAUUAAUUUUUAAAA